AUGAUGGAAUCAAGAAUGGAUCAAUAUGAGAUCAUGGAGCAGAUUGGGCGUGGAGCUUUUGGUGCAGCCAUUUUGGUAAAUCACAAGUUGGAGAGAAAAAAGUAUGUUCUUAAAAAGAUUCGAUUAGCCCGACAAACUGAACGUUGCAGGAGAUCUGCGCAUCAAGAGAUGGCAUUAAUAGCGCGGAUACAGCACCCAUAUAUUGUUGAAUUCAAAGAAGCAUGGGUUGAGAAGGGUUGCUAUGUUUGCAUUGUUACUGGCUACUGUGAGGGUGGUGACAUGGCUGAACUGAUGAAAAAAUCAAAUGGCCAGUGCUUUCCAGAGGAGAAACUCUUGAAGUGGUUCACCCAGCUAUUGUUGGCAGUUGAAUAUCUGCAUUCCAAUUUCGUUCUCCAUCGGGACCUAAAAUGCUCCAACAUCUUUCUUACCAAAGAUCAAGAUAUUCGUCUGGGGGAUUUUGGACUUGCAAAAACUUUGAAAGCAGAUGAUUUGGCUUCUUCUGUUGUUGGCACUCCAAAUUAUAUGUGUCCUGAACUUCUGGCAGAUAUUCCUUAUGGUUUCAAAUCCGAUAUUUGGUCUCUUGGUUGCUGUGUGUAUGAAAUGGCUGCUCAUCGUCCUGCAUUCAAAGCUUUUGACAUGGCAGGCUUAAUAAGCAAGAUUAACAGAUCGUCGAUUGGCCCUUUGCCUUCAUGUUACUCCCCAUUCUUGAAAACACUAAUCAAGGGAAUGCUUAGAAAAAAUCCCGAACAUCGGCCAACAGCAUCGGACAUGCUAAAGCACCCGUAUUUACAGCCUUACAUUGAUCAGUACCGCCCAUCCUAUAAUCCUUCUGCUGCAAAUUCACGUCAAAAACCUCUUUCUAUAGGUCGAGACAGUCGGAAGAAUAUGGGUGAAAGCCAAAGUAGCAAUAGUUCUUGCAGCGACAGAGAUAGCUUGAUGUCAUCUGAGAGAAAUGUGCAGGAGAUUAUUUUCAAUAGCAACAACAAAGCCGUCAAUACAGAUUUGGCUUCUAUUGAUGAUGAUGACAUGGCCUGCCAGCAGCUUCAUCCGAGCAAGGAUCAACAAAAAACCGACAUGAUCCCCGAAAAUACCAAGGAACACGAGGUUACGAAAACACUGGAGGAAAGGAGAUCUGACACUGAAUCUAAGCAACCGAAAGCAAUUAAAAACAUUAUGAUGGUCCUUAAAGAAGAAAAAGCCCGAGAAAGCAGUUCCCCCAUGAGAGGGAACCGUCCAAAAAUUAGUGGUGCAGGUAACCAGAGACUUUCUACUGAAGCAUCUCCCAAAGUCACCAAACCAAGUGCUUAUAAUUCUGGUCUUAAGGCUACUGCAGAGACACCACCGGGUUUAUCGGUGAAGGACAACUCUGAUUCCACGAAACGAACAAAGGGAACGCAUUCUUUGAAGCACCAGUUACCUGUCAUGGAAACCACUCCAAAGACUAAACCUAGACACGAGGGGAUACCUCCCUCUGGCUCCGGGCCUGUGAAGGCUCUUGCUGAAGAUGGAUAUUCUACGAGGACAAGACAGAAAACCCCUCCAACCCUGGUCAGAAGGCCAUCGUUUCCGGGACGGAUGAGGCAAGUGGGCCGUGACACUCCAAACAACAUGAUGAAUAAUAAUAUAAAUGUCAGUCCAAACGAUCCCCGGAAUCCUGAUGGUAACUCCGAUUCAGUUCCUUGUUCAAGAGAAAUUGUGCCGCAUUCUCAAAAGGCUGUAGCUACAGUCUCGAAAAGAGUUCAGGCAGACAGCAGCAAUUCUGCAUCCUCUUCAGUCUCGAUUCAAGGAUUUGAGCUUUGUGAUGAUGCAGCAACUCCUUUUAUUCGCUUGUCUGAAGAGAUACUUCAGAGUAAUGAGCAAUCCACUGAAAUUGAUAUCAUUGAAUCGCAACCCUGCUUUUCAGCUUCCUCUUCACUCUCUGAAAAUCUAGAAAAUCAAUACGUGGAAACUCAUGGGAAUAACAAUAAAUCCAAGAAUCCACGAACCACAAAAAUUGAAUCUCAGCCCAGCUUUUCAGCCUCCUCUUCACUCUCUGGAAGACUGGAAACACAUGUGGAAAAUUAUGGGAAUAAUGAUAAAUCAGAGAAUCCAGUUACCACUGAAAUUGAAGUCACCGAGUCUCAACCAAGCUUUUCCACCUGUGAAAGGCUAACAUAUUCAUUUGAGGAAAAUCAUGGAAGUAAGGUUAAAUCUAUGGUGUCUUCUGUAGGAGUAUGUGAAGAACACUCGGAGCAUCGAGUUAUGGAUGCCAGUAGUGCCUGUGAUGAGAAACUGACUUCACUUGCAACUAUGGAGUCCUGUGAAGAAUUACUUGAGGGAAAAAAGGAUGCUCCAACUAUCAACCUCAGUAAUGAGACUGAAGUAGCGACCCACUCAAAAAUCAAUUCAGCAUCUGAUGAUGAUGAUAAAUUCACGGUGAAGAAACUAGUUUCCACAGUAACAGAUUCUUCCCAUUCCACAGUACCUCCUAUUUCAUCUAGUCUGAAGAAUUUGCUGUCGGAUAAGGGAAUUCUUUUGCAAAAUGCAAUUAUUGAAAAGCCAGCCGGUACUCAUCUCCCACCAGCUUUUGAUGAUGUGAUACAUGUGAUACGCCACAGUAGUUUCCGUGUUGGGGGUGAACAUCCAGUAAUGGAAAAUGUUGACAAAAUUGUGGAUGUUGGGAAGCUGAUAAAUGUUGUUAGGGACGAUGUUGAUACAAAAGAUACCGCUUCUUCCUCAGCUCCAAAAUCUCCCAGUUGCUCUGAAAAUACGACAACUCCAAAUCUUUCUGAAAAUCACGUCACUAAGGAAAUAGAUGUGAAGACUCCCACUAAUCCCACUCCUGUGGUUCCCAAUUCAGAUUUAUUAGAACCUGCAAAACCUAACCCUUCCAUGCCAGAGGAACCUCCCAUGAAGGAAACUUUAGACGUUACGUCCUUCAAGCAGAGAGCAGAGGCACUUGAAGGGCUAUUGGAAUUGUCUGCUGACUUGCUCCAGCAGGAUAGACUGGAAGAACUUGCUGUCAUUUUGAAACCGUUUGGAAAAGAAAAAGUUUCUCCCAGGGAUACAGCUAUUUGGCUUGCUAAAAGUCUUAAAGGCAUGAUGCUCGACGACAGUGGACGGAAUGUAUAA